CUUUUCUAUCAUGUGUGCUGAUGUGCGAGUCCAGUAGAGACUCACUCUAAAUUACCAACCAAGAAGCUGCUCUUGGAAGCCACUCUUGGUCGUUUUGAAUUAAGAGGCGCUUAAUCAAAAUCAAAAAUUUGUGGCCUCUCGAGAAGAUUUCUUGAGAUAAUUUCUUGCAGUCGAGCGUGCAAGAUCAAAAAUGGCCAGCCUAGUAGCCCCAGAGCCACAUAUGCAAUUCCAGCAUAUCUUGCGUCUUCUCAACACCAACGUCGAUGGUAAGAGAAAGAUCCAAUACGCGAUGACUGAAAUCAAGGGUGUUGGUCCACGUUACGCAAACGUCGUCAUCAAGAAGGCUGAUGUCGACCUCUUCAAGCGUGCUGGUGAACUUAACUCUGACGAACUCGAAAGAAUCGUCAGCAUUCUCCAAAACCCAACCCAAUUCAAGAUUCCAAACUGGUUCUUGAACAGAAGAAAGGACAUCACCGACGGUAAGAACUACCAAGUCGUCUCUAACCAAGUCGAUGCCAAGCUCCGUGACGAUCUUGAGCGUCUCAAGAAGAUUCGUGCUCACCGUGGUCUCCGUCACUUCUGGGGUAUCAGAGUCCGUGGUCAACACACCAAGACUACCGGUAGACGCGGUAAGACCGUUGGUGUCUCCAAGAAGAAGGGUGGUUAAAUUUAUGCCUUUCUGGUCAUGUCAACUUCAAAUACAUCGAAUACAUCAGUUUCGAAAAUUUUACACACAAAUUUUCUCAAAAUGUUUAAUGA